AAGCAUUUUGUCUGACGAUCAUAAUCUAGUUUAGGUGGAAAAAUGAAAACCAUUCUCUUAUCAAUUGGCUUUUUGGUCGCGGUUGUGUCUUCGUACACGAUCUCAUUGGAUGAAAGUUUUGAGUCAAGUUUUAAUGAUUUAAAAUCACUCGAGAGCAGAGGGGCAUUAGAAAAUAAACUAUUAGCAGCUGCUGAAGAUCUGAGAAAAACUUUAAGAGAAGGUGGUAAUUUGACUAAUGGCGAAGUUAUGGAUCCUUGGUUCCUUGAAAAUGUUGAUGCUGACAUUGAAUUACCAAACAUUGCCAAGUUAAACGGAGCUCUUGCCAAUGUAACAGUAGAGGGUUUGUCUAGUUUCAACAUAAAUCACAUAAAAGUGAAUGUGCUCUUCAUGAAAGCUACUUUCAAUAUCACUUUUGACCACCUCAUGGCAAAGGGUCUAUACGACAUUGAAGGCAAGUUGGCAGAUUUGGCUAAGUUGUUUGGCAAAGGCUCCUUUGAUAUCAUGUUACGUGAUAUAAACGCUGCUGGACAUGUCAAACUAUGGUUGAAAGGUUUAUCCACCCUUGAAAUAUCCGAAUUCAAUCUGGUGCCUUCUAUAGGAAGCAUGAAGUUCGAUGUGGAAGGAUUGAUGGGAAAUCCAGUUCUUGGUGACAUGAUAAACGCACUUAUAAAUGAUGCCUUGCCACAAGUAGUUGAGAAACAUAAAGUCGAACUUUCGAAAGAAAUCGAAAAACUUGCAAAAGGUCUGAUAAAUCCGUUUUUGGCAGAUAUGAGCCUCCAGGAUUUAUUAAAUUUGCUCGGAGGAGGAUUUUAAAAACGACGUAAUUUGACAUAUGGCUCAAGAUAAUUUAGAUGUCUUCAUAUUGGAGAUUUACUUAACUUUUUAAAUUGGACUUUGAUUUGAUUCUGUGAUAGUUAUCGCUAUAAUAAAAUUAGCUUCAAAUUUAUAUUGAAUUUGAUUACGAUCUUAUCUUUCUGCAGAGA